UGAUUAUGUUCAAAGCGACUGUGCGUUCAAAACGAAAAGAUCCCGAUGAUAAAAAGCAAACUUAAUGAAACGCAACCAAAAACAAAUAAAACAAUGUGCAUUUUGUGAAACCGCAGUGAGUUGUAGUUACACCAAGAGACAUUUAUCAAAUGAAAAAUAAAAAAAUGGGCUCGAUUGUGUUGCGGUCGUUGUCGGUGCUGCUGGGACUGUUUUUCAUUUUCGUGGGCUUAAUAAAAAUAUCUAGUGUGGUCUCUAAGGAUUUACACAAAGAUCUAAGGAAAGAAUAUGUUAAGUAUGCAAAAGUGUUUCCUUUUUCGGAAGCCUUGGAUUUUAAAAUUCCUUCAAAAUGGUACAGGAGGGCAGUAGGAGCUCUAGAAAUAAUAUGCGGCAUUGCAAUGGCGUUUGUACCUAAUCAUAAAAUAAAGAACGCCUCGAACAUCUGCCUACUAAUCCUCACCCUGAUGGCUGUAUACUCUCACUACAUGGUGGCGGACAAGCUGGAGAGGACGGCACCCGCCCUUGUUUUCCUCUUCAUGUUGAGCGGGCGGCUAGUGGUGUACUUCCAGCUGCAGAGAAGGGAAGAGGAGAUGGCCGAACCCACCGCCAACGGGUUCAAGCAGGAGUAGAAGGGAAAGACUCUUAGGCAAUGUGUACCAUAUUAGCUAAUUCGUCCAAAAAAAGAUUUACAAGUGCCCGAUACAGGAUAGAGAAGCGACAGCUCUAAUAAUUCGGCUGAGAAAAAUAUAGUUUGUGAUAUAUAUUUUUUAAUUUGUUUUUGUUUUACCGUUAUGUUGUUUGUAAAUAAAGUUACAGGGUUGAACGAGUUAAAUGACCGGUGUGCAACCUCGUGUUUAAUACACGCGCGUGUAUUAAGGGUUGUGGUGCAGCUCCAGAUAGUUUCAUGUAAGGUGAUCUCAUGACAGAACAAUUAACUAGUAUUAGCGAUGGACCUUUUUCGCUUGUCCUAACUUCACUUUCAAGUAGCAAUGAAUUAAUAGUAACAUUAUUAGAGGUGUAUAUUACAUUUAUUACACAUUUAAUAUUUCUUUAAUUUAAAUUAAAGCCAUAUCUUUUAAUUAUAUUUCAAUUUUCUGGUGUAGAAGGAACUAGUGAAAUGAAAGGUGAGCUUGUCAAGUUGUUAAAAUUGUAGUGAUGUUCUAUGGUAUAAUUAACGUCACAAAAUAGCGCCACUCGCAAUAAAUUUGCAAAUGUAUUAUUUUUUUUUCAAUUAAUUUCCGCAAAAAUGUAACGCAAUUAUAUGACGUAUGUUACUGAAGUUUGCGCAUUAAAAUUACGAUUGUUGCGAUUAAAUCCAAGAUAUUGUAGAUUUAGGAUGGUUUUUUACAUCUCUUAAUAAAUUAAUUUGCUAGUGCAUUUCAUGUAUAAGAAAGUGAUAGAAGAUUGUUAACUAAAUUUAAUUGAUAUGUGAAAAAACGGCUUUUACAGUUAAACGAUUAUCCGCUACUGUUGGCCGUUACUGCACUGCCAUCUAAUCCGCAGGGUAAGACACUAAUAACAAUUGAUUGAAAUGUGGUUGGAUUUCUAAAAUCAACAAAGAUUCUGUAAAAGGAACCAAAUGCUUUGUUAGCUUUCGCUCCUGUCAAAAAUUAUACCCAAUCUGAAAUUUGUGUUAAUUUUCGUGAAAAGCGUUGUUUCUACUAAAUGUUAUAUGAUGGCAAUUUUCAAAGUUUGAUCUCUUUCCAUGACAAUAUUUUUUGGAGGUACUUAAAUCUUCUUGUAUUAACUCCGAGUAUUACCCCCAAAAAAUCUUUAAUUAAGAUCCUCAGCAUACAUUAAAGAUUUUAAAAAGUUUCAGUUGCCUACUUUAUUAAAAUACAUGUUAAACGACAAAGGGCUUAUGUGCGAUCCUUGGGGAACUUCUGAAGUUAUUAAUAAAAAAUCAGAGUAAUAUUGGUCGAUUCAACAGCUUGAUAUCUAUAUGAAAGAUAUAACUGAAACUGAAAAAAUAAAGGAUUAAAGACCCACUGAAAUACUUCAGCAAGUUCUUUUAAACAUAAUCUGAUUAUUUUUCUCAUCUAAAACUUUACUAAAAUCUGUGUAACUGGCACCUACCCUGUAAUUUACGGUUUAUAUUAUAAAGGAUAUAGUUUACAUCUAUUUAAUGAAAAUCUUAAUUUUGCGCUUGUCAAGAUACAGGUAUCAUUAUCCCCUCUCCUGAAUACCGUUUCGAAAAUUCCAUUAAAACAAAUCAGUAAAGUAGGUAAUUAUGCUAUUUAAUGACUUUAUUUUAAAAAUAUUCUACAUAGUAUUUCAUCCAAGGAAAUGAUCCUAUUGGCUGACUCGAGCCCUAGGAAAAUGACUUUCCCUUUAUAGGGUUUAUCGAGAUAACAAAAUUGGACAAAAUACGUUGUACACACCAAAUAUUGUUGUUUGCUGUAAGGAAAAUUUGAAAUCUGUGAAA